AAGAACAACAGCCAAAUAAUAUAAGCAGCAUGAACAACACUAACAAAGUUGGACAUGAGAUAACUGAUUGCUAUCAUCAACCGGAUGCACAACCACCAGCACCAUUCAAAGAUGCAGAGUCAGCUGAUAAUGCAGCGCAACCAAUUGAAUAUGCAGGACCAGAAACAGGAGCAGGACCAGGUGGAGCAAAUUGCCCGCAAGUGUGCCGGACUGUCCGCGCGGAUUGGAAUACCUGACGCACAUCGAUCAGCUUCUGCCGGUCUAUACUGCAAUGGAGCAGCCGGAUUGCUGCAAUCGCGCCUGGUACAAUUGCAAUUGGCACGUUAUUUUGAUAUGAAAAUCUGUGACAAUUUCGAGCAAGAGCUCAUUAAUUUAAAUCGUCCAUCGGGCUGCUUGCUGGCGCCUUGUAUCCCCUGCCGUCCGGUGCAGGCGAUGGAGGUGUCGGCGCCGCCAGGCAAUGUGAUUGGCUCCAUUGCGCAUGAUUGGUUCAUUUGUUCGCCAUCGUUUCUCAUACAGAAUUACAUUGGCGAUACGAUCCUGCGCGUUGAGUGCAACUAUCGUAGCGUCUUCAAAUGCGGCGAUGUGGAGUUCAAUGUGAUUCACGCACUUAACGGGCAGAAGGUAGGCAAGAUCUACAAGAGGAGGCCAGGACUGGCAAUUACCGAAAUGUUCACGAAAGCCGAUUUCUUUUGCCUCACCUUUCCAAUGGAUUUGGAUGUGCGCAUGAAAGCUGUGCUCAUUGGCGUCACAAUUCUCAUUGAUUCCAUGUCGUUUGAGAAAUAUUAAAUAUUAAUUUACUUAAAUUUGGUAUACUAAACUCCUCUAUGCAAGGAGUUUGUUAAUCUCAGGUAUUUAUAUUAUUAUUUUUUAAUUUACGAGACGAAUGCAAUCUUAAUGAUUCAUUGCAUAUUACCAACGAUAAAUCCAAAUCUCUAAACAGAGUCAACCAUCUCAAUUCUCAUUGAUGCCAUGUUUGAGAAAUUAAUAUGAAAUAUUACUAUUUAAACUUGACAUACUCAAUUCCCGUGGAAAGAGUUUGAUAAUCUCAGGAUAUAGAUAUUAUAUACAUAUAUUACAGC